GAAAGGCAAAAGAGCUUCGAAUUAAGCCUCGGAGGCAAUGGAAUCUCCCGUCGAUUUUUCUUCUUUUGUUAGUUCGUUUUAAUUUCUGCAGCGCCGCAUCACCUGGUCUCGCCCCUUCCGAGGGGCCUAUUCAAUAUUUUACAUUUUCCUCAUGGAUAUAGACCUUGAGCUGCCUUCCAGUGAUCAAGAAAGGUUAGGCAUCAUUGAGAGUAAAAAUGAUGGCAUGGAUUUGGAUCAGACACAUGGUGAGGGAAGGGCUGCAAAUUCUCCUACAAGGGCUGAGCUAAGUCAGGGAAUGUCAAUUCCAAAUACCGAAACUAGUAGUGUUCGGGAUCAGAUGGUUAUCGUUAAUGUGGGAAUAAAUCACAUCAUGGGGCCAGCAUUUGAACCGAAAAUCGGCUUGGAGUUCGAGUCGAAGGAAGAAGCAUAUUCAUUUUAUAGAGAAUAUGCUAGAUUUGUGGGAUUUGGCAUCACAAUAAAAGCAAGCAGACGCUCUAAAAGAUCUGGAAAGUUCAUAGACAUUAAGAUUGCUUGCUCUCGAUUUGGAAGCAAGCGAGAGUCGACUACGACCGUCAAGCCUAGACCGUGUAUGAAGACGGGUUGUGAUGCUAGCAUACACAUCAAGAAAAGGGAAGAUGGAAAAUGGUUUGUUCACGGUUUUAUAAGAGAGCAUAACCAUGAGAUUUGUCCUGAUGAUUUCCAUUAUGCUUUAAAGGGAAAGAACAAAAACCCGGAUAUCGUUGCUUCUGAGAAGAACGGUUUGCAGUUGGCUCUAGACGAGGGAGACGUCCAUUUGAUGCUCGAGCAUUUUAUGCAUAUGCAAGAAAUGAAUCCCAAUUUCUUCUAUGCUGUAGAUUUCAACCAAGAAAAACAGCUGAGAAGUGUCUUGUGGGUGGAUGCAAAAGCAAGGCAUGAUUACAAGGACUUUAGUGAUGUGAUCUUCUUUGAUACUCAUUACAUAAGCAGUGGAUAUCAAAUUCCUUUUGUUCCUAUUGUUGGAGUCAAUCAUCAUUUUCAGUAUGUCCUGUUUGGAGGUGCACUGAUUGGUGAUAUGGCUACUUCAAGUUUUAUUUGGUUAAUGAAGACGUGGCUCAAAGCGGUGGGUGGUCCUGCUCCAAGCGUGGUCUUGACCGAUCGAGAACCGUUCUUGAAAGAAGCUGUUGCAGAUGUAUUUCCCAAGGCAAUCCAUUUGUUCUCUUUGUGGCAAAUACUAACAAGAGUUCGUGAAAAACUAGGAAAGAUUAUAGAUCAGAACAGAAAUUUUAUGGAAAGCUUUGAUAAAUGCAUUUAUGGAUCUUGGAGGGAUGAAGAAUUUGAAAAGAAAUGGUGGGAAAUGGUUGAGAAAUUUGAAGUAAAGGAGAAUGAAUGGCUUCAGUUACUGUUUGAUGAUCAUAAGAAAUGGGUGCCAGCAUAUGUGAAGAACUAUUUUUUGGCUGGAAUGUGUACGAGUGAUCGAUCAGGGAGCGUGGCUUCGUUUUUUGACAAUUAUAUAAGUAAAGAAACUAUGUUCAAGGAGUUUGUUGAACGCUCUGAGAUUUUCUCCAAAGAUAUGCUCGAGUUGGAAGCUGAUGCUGAUGUUGAAACUCGGCACCAAGAACCUGCCUUGAAAUCUCUCUCUCCUUUCGAGCAACAAAUGGCGACCAUCUACGUGACGACGAUAUUUAAGAAAUUCCAGUUGGAGGUAGUGGGUGCAGCUUCAUGUCGAGUGCACGAACAAACCGAAGAUGGAGCUAUUGUAACAUACCAAGUUGAUGAUCUGGAAGAGCAGCAGAAGUUCCUGGUAGCUUGGAAUAAAGCAGAAUUGGAUAUACAUUGUCGAUGCCGUUCUUUCGAGCAUAGAGGCAUCCUUUGCAGACAUGCUAUCCUUGUUCUUCAGGUUUCUGGUGUAACGAGCAUCCCACAGAAAUAUAUUUUGAAACGUUGGACAAGAAGUGCAAAAGUCAGGCUUAGUGAAUCGCCAAAUCGACUUCAUUACCGAGUGGUGCGUUUCAACCACCUCUGCAAACAAGCUAUUAGACUAAGUGAAGUCGGGUCUUUAUCUCAAGAAACAUAUGAUAUUGCAUUUGACGCAUUAGAGGACGUAUUGAAACAGUGUGUUUUUGUGAACAAUUCUAACAAGAGCUUUGCAGAAACAAGUAUGGUUUCUGUUGGUUUUGUUGACGUUGAAGAAGAUGAUCGUGGCGAAGAUAUGGCCAAGUCGUCUCGUAAAAAGAAAACGAUCAAAAAAGGCAAGGUGAGUCGAUCACCAAGCAGGCACGGUACAAAUCGUCGGAGGCGGAAGUCGAUUCGAGAGCGGCUGCACUCGAUGGCUGCACAAAUUCGCCUUUCUGUGAUGGACCUGAAGGUUAUUAUAGUCUUCAAGCUAUGCAGAAUUUGGAUCAAUCUCCUCCGGUUGAAGCUCGUGUUGGUCCACGUGACGAUAGACAAACUAUUCAGUCCCUAGGACAGCUUAACCCGAGGGAACCGGGUGCGCAAGGGUGUUUUGACAUUGAAAAUAAUCUGCAAGAUAUGGAAUAGCUCGACGAUGCCUAGCACCAGACUCGCAUAAAAGACAUGUCAGUUCAUGUUCGAGAUAGACGCCUGUCGGGUUAGCUAAAACAAAAACAGGACAACCUUUGCAUACAUAAAACCAGUUCUCAGCUGGAAAAUUUUCUGGGCAAAGCAUUUUCCUUGUCACAAAGCUGCAAUUAAUAAAGUAAAUAUCCACAUCCUAUUUUAAGAAAACUUUAUGGUUUUAGUAAUUUUGUCUAGAGUUUUUGAUUACUUCGGUUACUUUCAAUUUUUUUUUUUUUUUUUUUUUGAGCUUUUCUUAGUUGUCAUAUCCUCAAAAUCGCUCUCAUCCAUGUUAUUCAUGGUCAUAUGCUCGUUUCAAACUUUUUUUACUUCCUUUCAUAUUAGUUAGGUAUUUACUAUUCUUAUUAUAUCAAUACGAAGGUGUAUGAUCGUUCACCAAAAUGAUGUCUACACCUGUCAGGACUAAAAUGUCUUAGAAUGUACUAUAGAGAAUAUGACUAGUUGUCAAUUAUUAUUAUCUAGGUUAUAUGUUAUCAAAGCUACAAUUGUUGCUCGUUCACUUUUAGCCUA